AUGUCGAUUUUUACGGUGCUGAGUGUCGCAUGUGUGUUGUUGGUCACCCUGGCCAUUCACGGGACGCCUACAUCCUUUGUCAACCCUUUAGUGACAAGCAAGAGCGACAAGGCAUCCUGUAGCAAGGCGCAGUGCAGCCCCGUACGCAACGUUGUGGGCACCACAAGUAGUGCACAAUGGCGCAACACUGCGCUGGCACUGGGCAUGGGGAUCGCUUGCGCUGCACGACGCCGUGUGCAACGCGUGCAACGCAACGCCACAGUGCAGCAAUGGAACGCCCGAGUGAAACGCAUCGAAGGUGGUCGUGCUGUCUUUGAUGUGACUUUAUCAAAGCCCUUAGGCCUCACACCGAAGAAUUUCCCCAACCGACCGGGCGUUGGAAUUGCGAAGAUCAAGGAAGGUGGCAAUACGGACCUGUGGAACAAGAAAGUUCUGCUUGAAGAUGCUGAUGGUAUGUUUGUCAUGGAGGGCGAUGAGGUCGUGGCUGUCAACGGGACGCUCUGCGAAGGUCAAGACUUGGAGCAAGUCUCCAAGCUGGUGAAGGAGUCUGAAGGUGACUCCCUGACGCUGAAGCUUGUGCGGAAUUAUCUCACUGGACCAGUGAAAAUCGUAUGGAAACCAUCCCUGAAGAUGGCGACCUACAAACGCGGAGCCCUGCUACGGGCCUGCGAGGAGACGCUGGGAGCCAACGUCAGAUAUUCCUGCGAGGAUGGUUGGUGCAGUUCCUGUUGGCAUGCGGAAGAUAAUUACAUGACGGUCUACCGAAUAUGCAAGAUGGAUGCCGCAUGCUCAAAUGCAGUUUUGCACUACAAAUGCCUGGUUCAUGGCUCCAGUUUGUCCAAACAUGUUGAAAAACCUCAGCCCUGGGGAUGCAGGUCCCACCGAAGUGGGAUAACGUCAUGCCCUUCGUGCUACUCAGUGCGCUGGAGGUGA